AUGACAAAUAGAGAGAGAUCCAAGUCCAGAAAGUACAAAUGUCCUUUUGACAGUUGUGAGAAGGAAUACAAUAGACCAAGCUUGCUUCAACAGCAUCAGAAUUCACAUACCAAUCGAAAACCAUACCAUUGUGACGAACCGGGAUGUGGUAAAAAAUUCAUAAGACCAUGCCAUCUGCGGGUCCAUAAAUGGACUCAUUCACAAAUCAAGCCUAAACCAUGCCCAUUAUGCGAAAAAAGAUUCGUUACAAACCAGCAACUAAGAAGACAUCUAAGUAGUCAUGAGAGGAAAAGCAAGCUGGCAUCGAUAAACCACCGUAGGCAUGAGGAACCAGAUCCGAAUACGAAAGCAGAACUCAAUGACGGUGAGGGAAGCAUAGACUCAAUAUUAUCUUCCGGCUCUCUAAUACAUGGUGAAGAAUCAUCGCAAGGUCAUUUGCCCGGAUCUGAUGACAUGCCUGUGUUACAAUGUCCCUACAGAUCAUGUCAGAAAGCUACUAGUUUUAACGAUGAUUUAAUCAACCAUAUGUUGCAGUAUCAUAUAUCAAGUAUGCUGGUUGUUCCAUCUGAAGGACCACAUCUAAAAAAAUGCACUCCUAAUUCAGCGCGGUCGAGCAACACAGACUUUACACCAAUUCCACUGCUUUCACCUAGCACUACUGCGACAACCAGCAGCGAUAGCAGCAAAAGUAUCACAAUGCAAAGCCCUGAUGAUCCAGAGACUUACUGGUCCGAUAACCAGUGCAAGCACAUUGAUUGUCAAGAGCUUAUUCCAUUCCCAUCUGUAUUUGAUCUGAUCGAACACUAUGACCACAUACAUGCGUUCAUCCCUGAGACCCUGGUCAAAUAUAGCUACAUCCAUCUAUACGAGCCUAGUGUCUGGGGCUUAUUCGAAUACUGA